UUACAAUAUGUAUAUAUUAUAAUAAUGUUUUCCUCAUCCAAAUCUGAAAGCACUCGAGUCUUUCUCUGAUUCAGACUCUUUCUUGUUCAACUUUCGGCUUCACCAAGUCAGUUUUUAUGAAUUGUACUAAAAAAUGAAUUCCAGAAGAGCGAUAGCAUUCUCUUGAAACUAUUUCUUCAUUCUUCAAUUCUCUUUUUGGGGUUCUUCACUAUUGAAUCGAGAAGUAAGAACUGCUUUGUUUGCUGAAUUUGCUGAUUCAGGACGCACGCACGCUUCGGUUUCUGAUCUUUUUAUGAAGUGGGGCUCGCUUGUUUUUGUAUGAGAAUCAAGGGAGUUUUCAGAAUUUUGGAGAGUGGUGGCUCAAUUUGAAUCCUACCGAGUUGACCCAGAUUGGAAUUUUCAAGGAUUAGUGGUGAAGGGAUCCUAUUAGAUUGGAUCAUUGGCAUGUGAAUUUGGAUGAACUAGUUGCUUUACAAGCAACUGAAUAAUCUAAAGCUCUGGAAUAAUUUUAUCUGUAAUCAAAUCUGGUGAUUGGGAUGGGUUGCGAGUGUUCGAAGUUCUCAGAUUGUUGUUUUGGUUCAGAGGAAACCAAACCAGUUGCUCGUGUUCCAGAUAAUGAAAGUGUAGAGAAGAGCGAGUUUGAUCUGCCUGCAUUCCGUGAGUUCACCAUAGAUCAAUUGAGAACGGCCACAUCUGGAUUUGCUGUUGAAAAUAUAGUAUCUGAGCAUGGGGAAAAGGCUCCCAAUGUGGUUUACAAGGGGAAGCUUGACAGCCAGAGACGAAUUGCUGUUAAAAGAUUUAAUAGAUCAGCCUGGCCAGAUGCUAGGCAAUUUUUGGAUGAAGCAAGGGCUGUUGGUCAGCUUCGGAAUCAUAGACUGGCAAAUUUACUUGGCUGCUGCUACGAGGGUGAAGAGAGGUUGCUUGUUGCUGAAUUUAUGCCAAAUGAAACAUUAGCAAAACACUUAUUUCAUUGGGAAAAUCAACCUAUGAAGUGGUCAAUGCGGUUAAGGGUGGCACUACAUCUUGCGCAAGCUCUAGAAUAUUGCACCAGCAAAGGGCGAGCACUUUAUCACGAUCUAAAUGCUUACAGAAUUGUUUUUGAUGAUGAAGGAAACCCUCGACUUUCAUGUUUUGGCCUGAUGAAAAAUAGUAGAGAUGGAAGAAGUUACAGCACAAAUUUGGCAUUUACUCCCCCUGAAUAUUUAAGGACAGGCGGAAUAACUCCAGAAAGUGUCAUAUACAGCUUUGGAACUCUUUUGCUUGAUCUUCUAAGUGGAAAACAUAUUCCUCCGAGCCAUGCUCUGGACCUCAUACGGGAUAGAAAUCUUCAGAUGCUUACUGAUUCUUGUUUGGAAGGGCAAUUCUCAAAUGAUGAGGGCACUGAAUUAGUGCGACUUGCUUCACGAUGUUUACAGUAUGAACCUCGAGAGCGUCCUAAUACAAAGUCAUUAGUUACAGCAUUGAUUCCUCUUCAGAAAGAUGUCGAGGUUCCUUCUCAUGCAUUGAUGGGCAUACCACAUGAUGCUGCAGCUAUGAAUCUGUCACCUCUUGGUGAAGCUAGCUUAAGAAUGGAUUUGACAGCCAUACAUGAAAUCUUAGAAAUGAUUGGGUACAAGGAUGAUGAGGGUGCAGCAACUGAGCUUUCAUUCCAGAUGUGGACCAACCAGAUGCAGGACACGUUGACUUCAAAGAAAAAGGGUGACGUUGCUUUCCGGCAGAAGGAGUUCAGAGCUGCAAUUGAAUGCUAUACCCAGAUCGUGAUAGGACUUGCUAUUCUUACCCUUAAUAUGAAGCUGGUGGCAUAUUGUUUGCACAAAGAUCAUGGUGAAAGGGAAGUUCUCUUUACAAAAUCUGUAGGGAUGACCUUUUAUAACUGCAUGCCACAUUUUCUUAAGAAAUUAUUUUGUUAGUGUUGGAAUGUCUUGAAUCUAUUAUUGGUGCUUUUUAUUCAUUUAUGCAUUAAUUUACGUUUUUGGGUAUAAGGUUUAGAGAGGUACCAUAUGUAAACCCACUAAUCCUAUCAACGUCUCUAUAAUAUGUAUUAUAUGAUAUUUUUAUCUGAUAAAAUCGAUUUCUUCCUUUAGUCGUAGAGUUAGCUAAUACACCGUUAGUGAACCACGUAAAUCUCUGUGUCGAUUUCUUUACUAUUGCUUUCUUACUUUCUUUGAUUGUCAAUUUCAUAACAAUUUGUCUCAAUAACAAAGGGCAGAUUCACUCCCUCUCUUAGCUGAUCAUCUAAUCUUUGAACUCUCUGUUUAGUUGACAACAAAGGGCUUCUAUUUCUUUUUGAGGGCUCUUAUUGGUUGUAUCUGGUUGUAAUGGUUGUAAUUGCUACAUUUUGUUUAUUUUGUUCCAUUGAAAUUUGCGCUAGUCUCUUUUCAUUUUAUCAAUGAAAAGCUUUGUUUCCUUAAAAGAAAAAAGUGUCUCAAAAAGUUUUUUGAUUAUAUUACUGCAAAUCUUGAAGCACUUGCUAUUGUGUUGACCAUUCCACCCUUCA